AGAUAUUUUUUUUUGGAGGGGGGGAGCAGUAAGAGAGAGUAGGAGAUACAAAAGAAAAGAAGUCCACCUCCAGGCAAGUGGGGCAAAAAACAAUGUUCUUCCCCCCCUGCCUGAAGACUCGGACGGAUUAAGCGUCUAUUCCGAGCUCUAAUAAGAUUAGUGUGUUAAUGCAGACAUGAGUCGUGGCGGCGUGGUACCUUUUGUUGAUCUCCCGCGGGAGUGCUUCUCCACACGGUCCGCGGCUGCUGGGAAUGGCGCGCUGAUGCCACGCGAGGCUGGAGCGACGCGGGCGGAUGCCCGGGAAUAGAGACUGCCCGCUCGCCCGCUGUCCCGGUCGGCGUUUCCGCGGAGAGGAGCUUUUGCGCUCGUGAGCCGGCGGACAACAUGAAGUACCAGAAAUACAUCACAGUCAUGCAGAUGGCCAUGGGGGUGACCGCCUCCAACAAAGACAUUAUCCCUCCCAAGAGACAGUUGUGGGUUCCUCCAAAUGACAGUGCGUUCCCCGAGGCAGCAGGUGGCUCUGUGGCGGGCGCUGCCGCCACUUUGAUGUCAGGCUCAUCCCUGUCCACGCUCUCCCUGAGUCAGAGCAACAAGCCGUCUCUGCGCCGCAUCAAGGGCCGCAUCCACCGCAGCAAGAGCCUGGACAGCAUUGACCUGCUCGACUGCAAUAGUGCGAUGGAGGAAACGGUGAUAUGGGAACAGCACACAGUGACUCUUCAAAGGGCACCGGGCUUUGGGUUUGGGAUCGCUAUUUCUGGGGGACGGGACAACCCCCACUUCCAGAGCGGGGAGACGUCCAUCGUCAUCUCAGAUGUGUUGAAAGGAGGUCCAGCAGAGGGGCUUCUCUCGGAAAAUGACAGAGUGGUGAUGGUCAAUGCCGUCUCAAUGGACAAUGUGGAACAUGCCUACGCUGUACAGCAGUUGAGGAAAAGUGGCAAAAAUGCCAAAAUAACGAUCCGGCGCAAGCGGAAGGUGCAGAUCCCGGUGGCACGCCCGGGCGACCGCGAGACGAUGUCGGAGCGAGAGGACGACAGCGAAGAGGAGGAGUAUGAGGGGCCGGGGGCAUAUGCCUCGGCCGGAGCCAGCGGCGGCUCAGGGACGGGCCGCCGCAGCGAGCGGACAGAACGGGCUACGUCCCGGGACAGGAGCGCCUCCCCUCGCUCAGUGGCCUCCAACUCCUUACCCCCGCGGCCUGCGAAAGUCACCCUCGUCAAGUCCCGUAAGAACGAAGAGUAUGGGCUGCGUUUGGCCAGCCACAUCUUCGUGAAGGACAUCUCCCCCGAGAGUCUCGCAGCACGAGACGGCAACAUCCAGGAAGGAGACGUAGUGCUGAAGAUAAAUGGCACAGUGACAGAGAACCUGUCCCUGAUUGAUGCCAAGAAGCUGAUCGAGAGGUCAAAGGGCAAGCUGAAGAUGGUGGUGCAGCGAGAUGAGCGCGCCACACUCCUCAACAUCCCCGACAUGGACGACAGCAUCCCCUCCGCCAACUCCGACAGAGAUGAUAUUUCUGAGAUCCAUUCGCUGACGUCUGACCACUCCCAUGAACGCUCGCGUGGGGCACGCUCUCGCUCUCCGGACAAGCGCUCCGAGCCCUCUGACCUGUCCAGACAGUCCCCACAGCAGAUCAGCAACGGCAGUCGGAGGCGAAAAAUGGCAGUUACGUUCUCACACAGAGGGCUUUCACUCCACAAGAGUCGUGAUGAUGAGCGCGUGUCGUCCAAAGCGGGCACCACGUCCACGCCCAUCAAAGGCUCGGCGGAGACGCUCCACUCCCAGCCCAGCGAGCAGUCUGGCUCGAGAGACGAGAAGCAGAUCCCCCCACUGCCAGAGCCCAAGCCUGUGUAUGCCCAGCCUGGGCAGCCUGAUGUGGAUCUGCCUGUGAGCCCAUCUGAUGCCCCUGUGCCCAGCGCUGCCCACGACGAGAGCAUCCUCAGGCCCAGUAUGAAGUUGGUGAAGUUUAAGAAGGGGGAGAGCGUGGGGCUGCGUCUGGCCGGAGGCAACGAUGUGGGGAUAUUUGUGGCCGGCGUUCUGGAGGACAGCCCUGCUGCUAAAGAGGGCCUCGAGGAGGGAGACCAGAUUCUCAGGGUAAAUAAUGUUGACUUUGCAAACAUCAUUCGCGAGGAGGCCGUGUUGUUUCUGUUGGACCUGCCGAAAGGAGAGGAGGUCACCAUUCUGGCCCAGCAGAAGAAGGACGUGUACCGGCGGAUAGUGGAGUCUGACGUGGGCGACUCUUUCUACAUCCGCACCCACUUUGAGUACGAGAAGGAGUCCCCCUACGGCCUGAGCUUCAACAAGGGCGAGGUGUUCCGCGUGGUCGACACCCUCUACAACGGCAAGCUGGGCUCCUGGCUCGCCAUCCGCAUCGGCAAGAACCACCAGGAGGUGGAGAGGGGCAUCAUCCCCAACAAGAACAGGGCGGAGCAGUUAUCCAGUGUGCAGUACACGCUGCCUAAGACUCCAGGCGGUGACAGGGCAGACUUCUGGCGGUUCCGCGGUCUGCGCACCUCCAAGCGGAACCUGAGGAAGAGCAGAGAGGACCUGAGCGCCCAGCCCGUCCAGACCAAGUUCCCUGCCUACGAGAGGGUCGUCCUGAGAGAGGCUGGUUUCCUCAGACCGGUGGUCAUCUUUGGGCCCAUCGCUGAUGUGGCCCGAGAGAAGCUGGCCAGAGAGGCGCCUGAUCUGUAUGAGCUCGCCAAGACGCAGAACCACCAAGAAGCGGAAAACAGUGAACCGCGGGAUGCCGGCACGGACCAGCGCAGUUCCGGAAUCAUCCGUCUACACACCAUCAAACAGAUCAUUGACAGGGAUAAACACGCGGUGCUGGACAUCACCCCUAACGCGGUGGACCGUCUGAACUAUGCGCAGUGGUACCCCAUCGUGGUGUUCCUGAACCCCGACAGCAAGCAGGGCGUGAAGAACAUGAGGGGCCGCCUGUGCUCCGAGUCCCGCAAGAGCGCCCGCAAGCUCUACGAGAGGGCCCUCAAACUGAGGAAGGGCAACCACCACCUAUUCACUUCAACCAUUAACAUGAACAACAUGAAUGACGGAUGGUACGGUGGUCUGAAGGACACCAUACAGCAGCAACAGAACCAACUUGUCUGGGUCUCAGAGGGCAAGGCGGACGGUGCCCCUGAGGACGACCUGGACAUCCACGACGACCGUCUGUCGUACCUGUCCGCGCCGGGCAGCGAGUACAGCAUGUACAGCACGGACAGCCGCCACACCUCCGACUACGAGGACACGGACACGGAGGGCGGCGCCUACACCGACCAGGAGCUGGACGAGACGCUCAUCGACGAGGCCGGCCCGCCUCCGCCGCCCGGCGACGCCCUGACCCGCUCGUCCGAGCCCGUGCAGCAGGACCAGGUGGUGCUCCAGCAGCCGCCGCCCGGCUACGCCGCCGCCACCGCCUACCCGCCCCACGGCCUCGCCAUCGGAGACCCCUCCCCGCUGGGCCGCAUCGAGCCGGCUGGCUUCAAAGGCCCCGCCCCCCAGACAGCAGAGGCUGCUGCUGCUGCGCCCCUUGUGGUUGAGCCGCUGGCCCGGGCAGCGCCCCCUACAGUUCGACACGCUGCAAGCGCCGCCACCACCCCGGAACCCCCCUCCACCUCCACUGAGCCCCCCCCACCCAUCACCUCCACCACCUCCAACUCCAACUCCGCCUCCAGCCUCACCCCCCCAGAGGCUGGUCCAAUCAGGAGUAGUCCUGUCCCAGAGCUAGCCCCACCCCAGAUUCAUGAGCCCAUCCAAUCCGGGGCACCCGGGUCGGAACCAAAGAUGUAUAAGAAGGAGAUCUACAGCAUGGACGAGCCAAUCAGGGUGAGCCCAGGCCUGAAGCAGCCCCCGCAGUCGGCCUAUCACGCGCAGCCGUACGGCGAGGAGGCGCCGUACCGCGACUACGACCAGCUGCCCUACCGCUACGAGGCCGGAGGCUACCUGGAGCCAAAGUCCCGUGGCUACGACGCAUCGCGCCUCCACUAUGACCCCCACGUGACCUCAUACAGCGAUCAGCAGCAGCACCAGCAGCAGCAGCACCAGCAGCAGCAGCAGCAGCAGUGGCCAGCAUACGACCAGCCCCCGCCGCCGCAGCGCCUGCCCUACGAGGACGGACCCGACCGUGCCUACAGCCCCCCCCAGCCCCGAUACGAGGAGCCGCCGCUGGGGUACGACGGACGGCCGCGCUACGGCAAGCCGGCGGUGCCUGUCCGCUACGACGAGCCCCCUCCUCCCAUCUCGUCAGGGUACGACCCGCACGCCUACUCCCCAGACCCCCCCGCCCUCAUGCAGAGGCCCCCCUACAGCCAGACGCCCCCCGCCAUGCGCAACAACUACGCCAACAUGGACGCCCCCGCGCCGCCACCCAAGCCAGAGGCGCUGCCUUCGCCCGACGAGUUUGGUGCGCCCAAUGUGCUGUCCCCUCCGCCGGCGUCGGUGAGCCCCGCGGCGGGCAGCGGCAGCGGCAGCGGAAGUGGACACGAGGGUGAGGACGAUGCCGCCAUGAAGCCACGGUCGGUGCUCACGCGCGUCAAGAUGUUCGAGAACAAGCGUUCCGUCUCCGUGGACCGCGCGCGAGACGUAGACAUGGGGAUGAGGACGUUGGAAAUGGUGCCCAAGCCUGGCGUCGGGCCCGGUUUAGUACCCAAAGCCAACUCUCUGAGUAACCUGGACCAGGAGAAGACUUUCAGAAUGCCUGAGCCCCAGCAGCCCCAGAGGGUGGCCGAUGAUGACAUCGUGCGCGCCAACCAUUACGACCCAGACGAGGAUGAGGAGUACUACCGCAAGCAGCUCUCCUUCUUCGACAGGCGCAGCUUCGACAGCAAGCCCGCCCCCGCCCCUGCCCCCGCCCCCGCCAGCAAACCAGACAAGAUCAGCCCUUUGCCAGGAAACUCCAACGGCCCACCACCGAUACUGCCUAAGCCUACUUCAUUAGAUGCAGUGAGUCCACCCCCCAAUCCUCUGGCCUCACCCAAAUCCAAACCCUCGGGUCGGGAGGAAACAGUCCUGACCAAUUACCUGCCCCAGAAGAGCUUUCCGGAGAAGUCCCCCGUCAACGGCACAGACCAGCAGGCGCCCAAGACGGCCGUGGCCUACAACCGCUACGUGCCGAAGCCCUACUCCUCCGCGCGCCCGUUCGAGCGCAAGUUCGACAGCCCCAAGUUCAACCACAACCUGCUGCCCAACGACACGCCGGUGAGGAGCGAUGGCGGCGGGGGGAAGAGUCCGGUGAACAACGUGCCCAAACCGCAGGGCUCCCCCCAACCGCCCGACCACGACAGCGGCGUGGACACCUUCACCCGCACCAUGGACCACCGCAAGUACCCGCACAACAACAUCAACGCCGUGCCCAAAGCCAUCCCCGUCAGCCCGAGUGCUCUUGACGACGAUGACGAGGAUGAAGAGCACACAGUGGUUGCCACGGCGCGGGGCAUCUUUAACUGUAACGGGGGCGUUUUGAGCUCCAUAGAGACGGGCGUGAGCAUCAUCAUCCCGCAGGGCGCCAUCCCCGACGGCGUGGAGCAGGAGAUCUACUUCAAGGUGUGCCGUGACAACAGCAUCCUGCCCCCGCUCGACAAGGAGAAAGGUGAAACCCUGCUGAGUCCUCUGGUGAUGUGCGGUCCUCACGGCCUGAAGUUCCAGAAGCCCGUGGAGCUGCGCCUGCCUCACUGUGCGUCUAUGACCCCUGAUGGUGAUCCCAAGAGUUGGCAGAAUAAGGCCCUACAGGGGGACCCCAACUACCUAGUGGGGGCCAACUGCGUGUCUGUGCUGAUCGACCAUUUCUGAAGAGGGAGAAAGCUGGCCUGUUACUGAAUGUGUGGCCUGGAGAACAACGCAGAGGACGAAAGCUGCCCUCCCAGAACACACGCACACGCACACGCACACACACACACACACACACACACACACACAAGAUAGUCACUGCCCUGGCUUGCAGGAUGGUAGUGGGGAGGUGUGUCGUCCCUACCGCCUACUCACUCUGCUGAAGGAUCUCCCCUCCACGUUCCAGACGACGAUUACUGUAACCAUGGGAACCGGAGGGACCCUGAGCGUUCUCUGAAGUGCUGUUGUUUUUAUUCUUCUCUCCUCUACUCUAAGUGCUCAAAGGCUUCGUAAACGUAACCAGAACAAAAAAGAAAAAAAGAGAAAAAAAAAGACUUUGUUUUUGUUUAAGAAAAAAAAAAUGUGCUUUGAUGGAAUGCAUGCUCAUUGUGCCACUGGAUAGUAAACACUGUUUGGCCAUCUUUGAACUAAUCGUUGUUACAUUCGACAUGGUGUGCAAGGCUACAUGAAGUAUUUCAGUUUAUACUAGAUAGAUAGUCACUUAAGACAUUACAGAGCAUAUUUAUACUAUAUAUGCACAGCAUAUAUAAUAUGAAUAUAAUAGUGAUUUUAUAGUAAUCUACUAUUAGCUUUAUAGCUUCUUUUCAUAUUUCACUUUCCCACAAGAUGAUACUGAUCGAGGAGGACUGUUUGCACACACACACACACACACACACACACACACACACACACACACACACACACACACACACACACAGUCUGUGGACUUGUGAAGGAUUGGGAAUUCAGUGCCAGAAACCAAUGCUGGAAAGGAUUGGCAAGGUCUUCCAAAAAGCCUAGAGGCUGCUGGAAUCUUCCAGAAGAAGAAGAAGAAAAAAAAGCUAGCGGAACCGACAACUGACAGACUGAGAUGAGACCAAAUCCUGCACCCCUCACACGCCAGCACCUCAUCCAAGAUGGCCGCCUUCUCUUGGGCCUCGAGUCAACCGGAUUCUUGCUGGAACCGGACCAGAUCGGCUCUCUAGAAUCAGCAUCCAUCUGCUCCAUUUCUACUUCUCCUCUCUCUCCUCAAGACAAACCUGUCCUCGCCUUUUGAGUUGUUUAGUUUUCACCGUCUGUUGUUUUUCUAGUUUUAUUUUUUUGUGUUUGUUUCUAUAUUUGAACUUUCUUACAGCGAUCUACCUUCUGGCCUACCUUUGUAGACGAGCUCACUCUCCUACUGUUGCUCUGCUGACGCCCGCUCUUCCUGCGGCCCCAGGGGCGGCUGACUUUGGCUCUGAUCUGGCAAAGACCUGGGCCUGGAUCUAGGGUCUACGAUCUAGCAUCCAAGACCUGGAUCUAGAAUUAAGGACCUAAGACCUAGAUCUAGGGUCUAGGAUCUAAAACCUGGGCCUGGAUCUAAGAUUUAGGAUCUAGGAUCUAGGCCUGGAUUUGUGUCAGAGUCAGCUGCAUCCUGGGCUGCAUCCUGAUCUAUGCAUGUGGUUCGGCUCAGGCCCUCUCAGACACUACCCUGCCCCACAUAGCAGCCGGAUCUGGGCCAAACAGGGGCCAAGUCUGGACCAGAUCCUAACGCCAUCUGGGCUCUCACCUCCAGCACGCUGUGAUGCCUUAUCUCAAGAUUACUAGUACUACUACUACUACUAUUAUUCACUUUUGAAAUACGAUUUACAGUGAAAAAUUUGUUUUUGUUUUGUUUUUUCUAAGUUAUGGUGAUGAUAGUGAUUACAACUAUGAUGAUGAUGAUGAUAAUGAUGAUGUUGCAUGGUGACGAUGAAGAAAGGUGAAUAUAAAUGAAGUCAUUGAAGUUGAAAUGUUCAUUAGACGGUUCCUGUGAAGGACUGAAGGAGGUGGGCGGGAAAAAAACUUGUUCCUGUCUGCUGUGCAUAAGACUUCAGAUAGAUUUUUUUUUCCAAAAGAAAACAAGUGAUCAGAAGGAAUACAGAAGUGAAAAGAGGAGGAGGAGGAGGGGUGAUGAAGUGGCUGUACAUACCGCUAGCAUAUGGCCUUGGUUCUUGGUUUGUAAAUGAACUUUUUGUAAUGUCUUUAUUAUUUUGUAUAAAACCUAGUGGAAGAAAAAAACAUUUCUUUAAAAAAAAAAAAAUGAUUAUGAUUAUCUUUGUAUUCUGGUUAUACCCUCGAGCCUUGGAACUUGUAACAGUAAUACAACUACCUUUUCUACCAGCAUAUUCAUAUAUGCACACAUUAAAAUACAAACAUUUUUGAUGGUCACUACAACAACCAACAAUAAAAACACUUUUUAUGGUUAUUCACAAAAGAGGAAAGUGCUUGAUCUAUACUACUCAGAAUAAAAACGUAUUCUUUCUGAAAAAGUGUGCUAUUUAACUCUCCUCUUCCUCUCAUCUGUGAUACUGGAUGCUGUAUUGUGUGCCCUCAAAUGUAUUUUUGUACUAAUAGACAAUUUAUUAUGGCACACCAGUACCACUCUUUAGCUAGGAUAACACAGCUUCAAAUGGAUAUUAGCUCUUCACGUGUGGCUAACUUUUUUCCGUUUUUUUCCGACACAAUUUAAGUAUAUCACUUAAUUAAUAAAAAACCUUUUUAAAGUA